AGGGAGGGAGAGAAAGAGCCUGAAGAGAAAGGCAGCGGAGGAGACAGACGACAGGAGACGAAAGGCUGAGACACAUCCAGAACCCCACAAGAAAAAAUGCCCAAUUUUGCAGGCACCUGGAAAAUGAAAAGCAGCGAGAAUUUCGAAGAUUUGCUCAAAGCUCUGGGAGUGAACGCAAUGCUGAGGAAGGUGGCGGUGGCGGCUGCGUCUAAGCCCCAUGUGGAGAUAAGGCAGAACGAUGAGCACUUCUACAUCAAGACCUCCACCACCGUCCGCACCACGGAGAUCAACUUCCUCAUGGGAGAGGAGUUUAAUGAGGAGACGGUGGACGGCAGAAAGUGUAAGAGCUUGGCCACUUGGGAAACAGAAAACAAGAUGUACUGCAAACAGACUCUACUGAGCGGGAACGGCCCGAAGACCUUCUGGACCCGAGAACUCAAUGGGGAUGAACUCAUACUGACUUUCGGAGCCGAUGAUGUGGUGUGCACGCGCAUCUACGUACGAGCAUAGCAGAAGUCCACAAGUUCAAAUAUCCUCAAACAAUUGGUGUUUUAAUGUCUGAGCUGUCAGUGUGAGAAAUUUCACAUAAAAUCAACAUUUUCUAAUUAUCCGUUUAGACAUUCAAUGUUUACCAUCUUCACAAAAGUCACAAUUUCAGAUGUUGCCGUUUUAUCAAUUUUUGUAUGUAAUUUUCUAGCAUUGGAAAUCGAACAAAUGAUCUUUUGUUUGUUGUGUUAAAGAGUGUAUGCUUUUGGGACAUUAGAAAAGUCAAAAAGGCAGAUAUAUCACCUGAUGAAGAACUUACGGGUUGACCUUUUUCUUUAAAAAAAGAAACAAGUGGCCCAUAUCAUAAAAACGCUGUCAAAAAUAAAAAAGAAGGUGGUCAACUAGAUUUCUUACUAUUUAACGUAUAGUUUAAUGCCCAACACCAUACUAACACUCAUGUACAACAUCAUAAAAGUCCAGACACAUUAAAACGAAGUACAAACAAUGUCUUUAUGUACAAUCAUUUCCCGGGACUUUCUGUGGUAUUCCAUAUUAAACAUAGUAAAUAUAAAAAUAAAAACCCAAGUAAUAAACUGUUCCAAGAUUGUCUGUAGCUGUUUAUGUUACUGACCAUUGCCUUUAAUGGAGGAAUAUUUGUAGUCAGGCUGCUUCAUUUAAAGUAUUGGAGCAAAUCUGUGCCGACAUAAUGAACUUUUGGUGCGUCCAACUUGCUUAUGUUAUGAUGAUGUGAAGAUAACAAGGAUAGCGUUAAUGUUAAGAACAGCGUGUUGCUUAUAUGUUAAUUUGUGAAACACGUUUAACGGUAUUUAGCAUGAUGGAUAUCUUCCCAUCUCCAUCUAACAUAUCGACAGGGCCAAUUCCAGUUUUAUUGAAUAAACUGCAGGAAUACAAAUCAUUAGUUUACAUCCCUCUUUCAAAUGGAAUACAACAUUCACGUUUGUAUUUCAGCAAGAAAUACAAAACUGAUAGCUGCGUCUAAAGGAAAUAUUAUUGUUUGCUUGUUAUCUUGAUCCAUAAACUGUUCACACGUCUGACAUUCACAUAGAGCUACUAUACAUCAGUCAGUGUUUGUCACCAACAAAGGGCAUACAAAAUAAACACCGCUCAGGUACAGUUUUAUAGGCGACAUAUCGAUCCUGUCAUUCUGAUUAUAACCAUUUCAUAAAGUUUAAAUACCAGGAAAGGUUGAUAGCAUUGAGUAGACCUCAGUACUUUGAAAAAGGACAUAUACUGUACUUUCAGAAAUGAGAAAUGCUGCUCCGCUACAUUCAAUCAUCUUAAAACCACGAGUGAUACUGAUACCAGAGACUGAAGGUAGAAA